AAAGGCUGCUGCUGUUGCUACUGAGCUGCCUUGGACACAGCCUUCAGCCGGGGGAAUUAUGCCCUGCCCAGCAGCGGCUGCUUUGCCUAUUUGAAGACCCGAACCUAUGCAUACCAAGUAGUUCUAAGUCCGGGGAUAUCCCCGUGUUGAUUGGUUAUUAUGAGCAUGGAAGAUUAUGACUACCUGUUCAAAAUAGUUCUCAUAGGAAAUGCUGGAGUUGGAAAGACAUGUCUUGUCCGGCGCUUUACUCAGGGGCUUUUCCCACCUGGACAAGGGGCUACUAUUGGAGUGGAUUUCAUGAUUAAAACAGUGGAAAUCAAUGGGGAGAAGGUCAAGUUGCAGAUAUGGGAUACCGCUGGACAGGAGAGAUUUCGCUCCAUUACUCAGAGUUACUACCGUAGUGCCAAUGCCCUCAUUCUUACUUAUGACAUUACUUGUGAGGACUCCUUCAGGUGCCUUCCAGAGUGGCUGAAGGAGAUUGAACAGUAUGCCAACAACCAAGUGGUGACUAUAUUAGUCGGUAAUAAAAUAGAUCUGGUAGACAAGAGAGAGGUUCUCAGGCAGCGGGCUGAAGACUUCGCUCAGGCGCAGAGCAUGCUGUAUCUGGAGACAUCGGCCAAAGAGUCCGACAACGUCGAGAAACUCUUCCUCGACCUGGCGUGCGAACUCAUUCGAGAAGCCAAGCAGAACAAGCUCGACAACAAUGACACUGCCCCGAUGCCCGGCGAGGGUAAAACCAUCAGUUAUUUGAACUGCUGCAGUCUCAAUUAAAGGAAGCUCAGCUGCCUGGCCUCAGUAACUCGGUAGCCACUGACUGUAGAGCGUAGAUGGCUGAGCCCCAAUGCCUCCGUCCUACUAAGAUGGCAUAAAGCCAAUGCUUAGUUUGGUCAUGUUUUUUUCCCCAUGCCUUUUAUAAGCAUUACAAAGGAGCUACUUAGUUUUAUUUUUUAAAGUGCUAUCAUAAGAAUCCUACUGAGCCCCUAAAUGGACAAUGAAGAGAGAGAGAAAAAACAAACAAACAAAACAUUCUUGUGUGUACCAGUUAUAGUUCUCGUGCACAUCAAAUACUUUCUCAUGUCAGACGGACCUCUUCUUUUUUUAACUGUAAUCCAUUUUACAGACAUUUUGUGAACAUCCAUCUAUAUCUGUUCUGUGGACAAGUCUUUUGCUGUUGCGUUUGAAUAAAUGUCACAACGUUAUAAAGGUUUAAUGUAUCCUUUGUGCCGAAAUAGACCAUAGGACUUGAAUUUUUAAGUGACGUUCAGACAAAACACAAUGGUGACGUCUUGCAAGCAAUGCAGCAAUGUCUUUGUAUGGUAGCCCAAACUGAAAAUAUAGCCUAAUUAGUUCAUGUUCAUCCACUUUAAUGAACACGGUCGUCAGAAACACUCAUGCAAUCAUUCAAGAAAGUAUCUGGUGCGCACGAGAAACUAACUGGUGCGCACAGGAAAGUAUCUGAUGUGCACUUUUUUUUUCUCUCCCUCUCUCUUCAGUGUCCCUUCAGUAGAAAACUCACUGAAUCAGGAUGAACAAGUGCAUGUCAAAAAGUUACAAUAUAUUCAAAAAAGUUCAUUAAUCCUACCAAAUCAGUUAAAAAAGGGAAACUUACAAGUUACAUAGACUGAGAUAGGUUGCACACAGAGUAAUGUUUUGUUUCUGCAUAUUGUCAUUUUCUUGGGUCAACUUUCACUAUAAUUACCCCAUGGAUUCUGAGUGAGGUUACAGUAGGGUAGGCCUGUUUGCUUCCCAAUCAAGCAUGGUGACACCAAGGUCAUUUAAAUGGGUAUUGGUGCUUUUUUUUUAUCUAUACAGGUUUCAAGUUUUAUUGGAAAAUGAAAUUUGCA